UUUUGGAAAGCUGAAGCUAUCUAUAAUUGUCAUACAUCAUGUCCUCAUAAAUUUCAAAAAAUCACUGAAUGUACCAUAUACCAAUAUCGAGCUCGCAUUUGCCAAACAUUUAGAUAUUGGAUUUGUAUGUUUCCAAUUCAUUUCGAUCUUAACCCAGCUUUAGUUACUACAUUGCGAGAUUUUCAAAGGUGUUUGUGUGAUCAAAGUUAUCGUGCUUUGGCAGAUCUUCUUGAUUUGUCAAAACUACCUUCCUAUGAUUGGGCUCGAAGUAUGUCAGUUCGUAAUCCUCCUGCAAAGCAUACGAGAAAAAUAUCUCUAGUUUUUGACCAUUUAGAGGCAGAUGAACUCGCAAAUCACAUAACAUUUUUAGAACACAAAGUUAUGCGGAGAAUAACAUUUUCAGAUUUUAAAGCCUAUGCAGAAUGUGGAACACCACAGGACAACCCUAAAUUAGAAAGAUCUAUAUCUUUGUUUAAUGGACUCUCACAAUGGAUUCAGUGGAUGGUUUUAAGCAAGCCUUUUCCGCAACAAAGAGCUGAUGUUAUUGUGAAAUUUGUGCAUGUUGCUGAGAAACUUUUACAGCAGAAUAAUUUCAACUCUCUAAUGUCUGUUGUUGGAGGACUAAGUCACAGUGCACUUGCUCGAUUGAUAAAUACGAUGGCUUGUGUACCUGCAGAAACAAAGAAAACUUUGUCUGACUUAGGAGAACUGCUAGCAUCUGCAUCCAAUUUUAGUAAUUACAGACGAGCUCUAAUGGAAGCACGAGGUUUCAAGAUACCCAUCUUGGGUGUUCACAUGAAAGAUCUCAUAUCACUUCAUGUAGCAUUACCAGAUACCCUUGAAGGUGGCAUGAUUAAUUUUCGUAAGGUAGCGCAGCUGUCACUGAUAUUUCAGGAACUCUGGGAACUUCAAAAUUCUGUUCCAAAAGUCGCUGUUAAUGCAGAUCUAGUCAACACCCUACGGUUGUCAUUAGAUACACCUUACACUGAGGAUGAAUUAUAUGAAUUAUCCUUAGCAAAAGAGCCAAGGGGCUGCUCAUCACCCCAGUCUUCUUCUCCAUCUAGACAGAUUUCAUUUUCAGACUGGGUUGCUGGCAUUGGAGGUGCUGUUGAUACAGAAACUUUGGAAAAAUUUUAUCUGUGUAUAAUCGAUGUGAUUAUAAAGAAUUAUGAUUUUGACAAAGAUGGAUUCCUUUCUGUCGAGGAAUUCGAUGCAGUGUAUAUGAACUUUCCAAAUAUUGACACAUUUUCUGUUAUUGACUUUGAUAAAGAUGGUAUGAUAAGUAAAACAGAUUUGAAAGCUUAUUUUCUCACCUAUAAUUGUAAAGCUGUCAGAGUUGCAUUCCAACAUGAUUUUAGUGAAACAACUUAUUUUAAGCCUACAUUUUGUGGUCAUUGUGCAGGUUUGCUUUGGGGUAUAAUAAAGCAAGGAUUUAAAUGCCGAGACUGUGGAAUCAAUGCACACAAACAUUGCAAAGAAUUGGUUGUAAUGGAAUGUCGAAAAUCAUCUACAUCUACAUCACGAUCUAAUUCAUUUGCUGCUGCUGAUGGAUCAAAGCUAAAAUCAAAAAUUCAAAGACCUUGGCGAAGGCAGUUGAAAAGUAGUCAGUCAGAUGGAGAUUCUAGUCUCAGCUCUAGAACAAGCACAGACAGUGACCUCUGCAACUGUGACAAUGGCUUUGUUAUAAUUGACGAGUCACAACCAGAAAAUGUGAAAAGUACAGAUGUAUUCAAAGAUUUUCCAAAGAGUCCAACUACUAAAUCACCAUCUCCAACAAAAAUUACGGCUUCAUCUAGUGGUUGUGGAUGCCAGCAAGAAUUCACGUCUCCUUCACCAGCACCCUCUGAAUUCAAAAGCGAAGCUUUGAUUCAGCAAUGUUCAUCCUUACAGAAAAUACCCCCAUUGUCAAAGCAUCUGGUUUCAUGAAGUGUAUUUUGUGUAAUUUUUUAUGUAUAUGAAAUAUUAUAAAGAACUCUAGUUUUUUUUAUUGUUGUAUUGAAAAUACUGUUAAAAGAAAAAGAUGAAAAAAAAUCUCAUUCCAGUUCUUCCACAUACUGAUGUAAAUGGUUCAUUUUUAAUUCUCGGAGUUUUUAUAAUGCAAGGUAUCUGUACUUCUUGUGCUACAGUACGUUUUAAAGACUUAACAUUUAUACUAGUCAUUGAUUAAAAUUGUCAUAAUGUGAAUGUAUUUUACAUUGUUUUAUACUUUUUAUUUCAGUCUUUUUUUUAUGUCUUAUUUACUUUCUUCAAGCAUGAUUACAUUUAUUAGUUCAUUUUUAUUGCUUUAUUGUCUCAAUUGCUAUAAUUCACUUGAGAAACAUCGUAAUUUUUAAGAUAGUUGACACAGUUAUGAUGUCUGAUUUAUUAUUACAGGUCUCCUGUGAAUGAAUUUUAAUUAAUUUGCGUAAAUUAUUUUAUAUACAAUAUAAAAUUUGAGAAUCAAGUAUAUUGAUUCUUCAUAAUUUAUAUGAAUUACCUCCUCUCCCAGGGGGGGGGGAAAUCGGUCUAAAAAUAUUUAUCAAAUGUUAAGCAAAUAUCAUAUGAAAAAUUUGGUUACUUAUUCAUUUCCUAAAGUAAGCAUUUCUGUUUUCAUUUUACAUAUUACAGUAUAGAGUUGAUUCCUGAUAUCAUAUAUAUUUGACUGCUAAAACAAAGUUUUAGUAGGAACAGUAGUCUUCUAGUAGAACUAACAUUGGAGAAGUCAAAUUUUGAAUAUGAAAAAGUCAAAAUUCCUUCUUGCAAAUUACAUUUAUACUUAUUCUUUAUCUAUUAUAUCCUGUUAAAUUUCAGCAUCUAUUUAAAAGUAAUCAAUGAAGUGGAAUUUCUUACAAUUGAAAAUUUAGGAAAACAAUUUUUCCCUCUCCUAUUUUUUCAUACUCCCCCCCCAAAAAAAAAAAAAAAUAAAUCCCAGUAUUUGAUGCCAUUUUUAGCCAAUUA